AUGCUACAGGAGGAGAAACCCGUGACUUCUGUGCACCAUGGACUCACGAACUUCUGCGAGAAGGCCAGAGCGCAUGACUGCGAUUUCGUAUGGUCUAAUACUUGCUGCAUCGACAAGCCGAGUACCUUGGAGCUUGACCAGUCCAUUCGUUUCAUGUUCAAAUGGCAUGGAAACUCAUGGGCGUGCGUCGUCUGCCUUGGGAAGUCGUUGGACUCUACAAGAGCUCCUCUCCUCACAUGUCAUAAAAUUCUACAGAUGGGACUGGACGCGCUCACCGACAAAAACGACAAACACGGCGAAGAUAUUAUCGUGAUUGCUAUCUCCAAAACCACGAGGAUUCCGACGAAUGAACUCAUAGGUUUCAUGUCGGGAACGUCUAUCAUGGGCAUCCUAUAG